AUGCUCGGCUGGUAUCAAGCAAGACUCGCGGCUCGCCCGCUGCUCACCCAGAGCAUCACCACCGCCAUCCUCUUCGCGACCGGUGACAUCACCGCCCAGCAGCUCGUCGAUAAGCGCGGUCUCGAGAAGCACGACUUUGCCCGCACAGGCCGCAUGGCCCUCUACGGCGGUGUCAUCUUCGGCCCCGUUGCCACAACCUGGUUCAAGUUCCUGCAGAACAACGUUGUCCUCAAGAACAAGAACGCCGAGAUGCUCGCCCGCGUCGCCGUCGACCAGGGCGUCUUUGCCCCCGUCAUGAUUAGCGUCUUCCUGUCCUCCAUGGCCACGCUCGAGGGCAGCUCGAUCAAGGAGAAGCUCGACAAGAACUACAAGACGGCGCUCACUUCCAACUACUUGCUCUGGCCGUUCGUCCAGGUGGUGAACUUCAAGUUUGUCCCGCUUCACCACCGUGUGCUCUUUGUCAACGUCAUCAGCAUUGGCUGGAACUCUUACCUCAGUUUCCUGAACAGCCAAUAG